UCCGGUGGGAGCGCUUCCGGGUGAGGGCAUGAGGCUGUGGGCACUGGCGGGCGGCGAGCGGGCGAGGCUGAGCGGCAGCGUGGCCUCCAUGGCCAAGAGCAAGUUCGAAUACGUGCGGGCCUUUGAGGUGGACGACGCCUGCCUGCCCAACACCUGGGCCGUGGUGCGCCUGGACGGCCGCAACUUCCACCGGUUUUCUGAGAAGCAUGGCUUCACGAAGCCCAACGAUGACCGUGCCCUGCAUUUGAUGACCAAGUGUGCCCAGACGGUGAUGGAAGAGCUGGAGGAUAUCACCAUUGCGUAUGGACAGAGUGAUGAAUACAGUUUUGUUUUUAAGAAGAAAAGCAACUGGUUUAAAAGAAGAGCAAGUAAGUUCAUGACCCACGUAGUCUCCCAGUUUUCCUCCAGCUAUGUCUUCUACUGGAAGGAUUAUUUUAAGGACCAGCCACUUCUGUAUCCGCCAGGAUUUGAUGGAAGAGUUGUGCUAUACCCCAGCAACCAGAAUUUAAAGGACUACCUCAGCUGGAGACAAGCUGAUUGCCACAUUAAUAACCUCUACAAUACAGUAUUUUGGAUGCUUGUGCAGCGAAGUGGCUUGACUCCAGUACAAGCACAAAAUAGAUUACAGGGAACUUUGGCUGGAGAUAAGAAUGAAAUUUUAUUUUCUGAAUUCAACAUUAACUACAACAAUGAGCCCUUGCUGUAUAGGAAAGGAACUGUACUAAUAUGGCAAAAGGUUAAUGAGGUCACUACAAAAAGAAUCCAAUUUCCAAAGGAAACUGAAGAGAAGGAAGUUGAAGUGACACGUACCAGGAAUAAAGUUGUCCCGCUGCACUGUGACAUUAUUGGGGACCAGUUCUGGGAAGAGUAUCCUGAAAUCCUGGCUGAUGACAGCUGAAAUUCCCAGUUUGAAUUUAGGUGUAAAGAACAGUUUUAUAGUUUAAUCUAUGGAGAACCUUUGUGAACUGAAGAGCGUGGCAGGUUGGCUGGAAUAAUUUAACCUUGUAACCUUUAUUGUGAAAGGUAUUGAAAUCUUAAAAAUAACACUGUAUCCUUGUUUGUAGUGUAAAUAGAUCCUCCAGCAGAAGCUAGAAUCAGGUUCUUUUCAAAACGGCAAGAACCCUUUGUGAAUGACCAGAUUGACCCUUGUAAGGCUACAUUUGCCUCAAGACUGAUUACUGUAUUAUAAUGUAUUUAUGUAGCAUCCUGGGCAUUAAAGUCACAGGCUGCUUUAUACAGUUGGUUAAAAUAACAUCAUUUACUCUUUAGAACAGCGUAAAACAACAGAAAAACUGUUUCUUUAGAUUUGUUUAUAACCAUGAAGCAAAUUGGAGUAUGUAGGGUAGUGCUUUUAAAUUAAAUGCCAAGACUGUGGAGGUCAGUAACAAAAUAUUCAAGAACUGUAUAUCUCAGGCCUGUAUCAGAAUAAUAUGACACAGAACACCAAUUUAUAAAGGGCAACUUUUUAAUGUACUUCUCUAAUGUAAAUUACGUUUGUAAUUUUUUUUAAAUAUACAGACAUGUAAUUAUCUCCCCUCCCCGGUUACCCUCGGUAUGUUUAUUGCUCAGACUUCAGCAUCACUGUGACUUUAUUAGUAAUUAGGAGAGGUCUCAAAUGGCCAAACUAUAAUCACAUUCUUAUAUAGGCUUGCAUCCUAGCAGGAGGUGUGUGGGGGUCACGCGCUCAUUUUCUGCUGCCUCGGAAACCACCUGACUCCUGCUGUUCAGGAUAGUGAAAGCUAGUGGUGCUAGGAGAGAAGCUGGUGGUUACCUGUGGUGAGGAAGUUUGAAAGGGCUUGUAUUGUUCUGCAUCUCCUUGUAGGUGACCCUUCCAGCCAGUUACAGGAAGAAGGGGAAGAGACCUGGACUGAUUGUAGCAGUAGGGGAGUUUGCUGUGGUGAGUGUGUCUGAAGGGGUUGGUUGCUGUGCUGAUUUAACUACCAGCUGCAGGCAGGCUAUUUACCAAAACAGUUGAAUCAGUACAGUCCUUGAUGGGGACAAAAGUAUAUCAAUUAUGUCCAUGUUCUUGGAAAUUUAGGGAAAUCAACUAUAUUGGCUUAGGUACCUUUUAUAUCAGUAUAAGUGCAUUCGCAUCAAGGCGUUGUAGUGUUUAAACUAUAUUGCCUUAAAAAAACAACAGUUAAAGCAUCACAAAACUGACUUGGAAAGAGAGAAUUCAGUUCAUGCUCUGGGACUGGGUCUAGAGACUGGAAGCAUGGAGCGAACGUGACUUGGUUGAUCAGCAUUCCAGCCAUUUCUUUCCACUGGAAAGUCUCUGAUUUACAGCAAUACACUUUUCUUGGGUGUGUCUACAUGUGUGCUUUAAUGUGCAUUAGCUUAUUUUAAUGCGUAUUAAAGCAUCACAAAAAACAGUGUGCUUCUGCUAAUGUGCACUAAAAUAGGCUGAUGUGCCUUGUUGUAGUACUUCAGAAUGGAGGUACUAAAUUUAAUGUGUGUUAACAAACGCGUAUUAAUGCAGGUGUAGAUGCGCCGGCUACUGUUACUUAUUCACAACCUGUUUGGAAAAGCUCUUAAUAAAUACUUACUGAUCCAUGGUAUCUUAUUACUAUGGACAUCCCCUAUCCUCUACCUUUCCUACUACAGCAGUGGGGUUAGGCCUGAAGAAAAAGCCCCUUUUAAGCCAUUUGGAUCAUAAACAGUUUAAAUAUACAUAA